GCCAGCCCAUGAAACCCAACCACAACGCCACUUACCAAAUCCAGAGCAAGGACCCAUAGUAGCGAGCUCAACUCAUCUCAAACAAAUCAACACUCAAGAAUCUAAGAGCAUGUCGACUGCCACCAACAGCAAAGCAUUCCCUCUGGCCGACGCUAAUUUGACCAAUCAAAUCUUGGAUCUAGUUCAACAAGCGUCACAUUACAAGCAACUCAGGAAAGGAGCCAACGAGGCUACAAAGACCCUCAACCGUGGGAUUUGUGAAUUUAUCGUCUUGACUGCCGAUACCGAACCUAUCGAGAUCUUGCUACAUUUGCCAUUACUCUGCGAAGACAAAAACGUACCCUAUGUCUUCGUUCCUUCAAAAACUGCGCUAGGUCGAGCUUGUGGAGUCACUCGAUCGGUCAUCGCGUGUUCAGUCACCACUAAUGAAGCCAAAGAACUUCAAAAACAAAUCGAAACCGUCAAGAGCCAAAUUGAACGAUUACUCAUCUGAAGAAUGAAAUGAAAAAAGAACACGUCCUGUUUUUUUAUUUCUUUCUUUCUUGUACGGAUGCAUACCCCCAUCACGACCUUUCUUUCCUCUUGCUAGAAUUCUUCUGAAAUUGGCGCCGUUGAUUACUUCACUAAAAUGAAAUAAAAAUAUGCAAGCCGGACAGAUUUUGUUCGGAAUCUGCUCUUACUGAGAA